AUGGCAUCUCCGUCGUCUGAGAACCGACACCGCUCCUCCCUUGAAGGGAUACUGGACUUCUCUCCUUCCGUGCUGAAACCAGACGAGGCCCACCGAGCGAGACGAGUAUUCCGACAAAUCAUCAAGCACAAUGAGCAACGGUCGCCAUCGGAGAAUGAAGAGUAUAAUGCCGUCAAGCUUGUCCGAUUGACUGAAGAAUAUCUACUUUGCGAACAAGGACGCGACCGAUUCCUCAAUUUCUUCUUCACCUUUCUCGGCAUUUCUGUGAACAACGCUGCUUCUUUUGAUGGAUGGGACGAAGGAGAAAAGGAAAAGCUGUACCGCCAACUGCUCGAGUUUUCAAACUUUCUUUUCAACAACUUUUACUUACCAUUGAUGGCCUCUGCUGUUAAGACGCCACAACCAUCUGCGCAGACAUCAGGCUCCCAAAACAGUUGUCUGUAUACUGGAACCAACAAGCGACUUUCUGAGCUGAGAGGAACAUGCUUAAAGCGUGACCACCAUCGCUGCAUUGUGUCUCGCAAAUUCGAUUUCUCAGAGUCGAGAAAACGAGCUAAAAUCCAUGGGGACAACGCCAAAGAUGACGAAGGCCGCUUGCUUGUUGAAGAUGACCAAGACUUUGAUGACCUAGAGGUGGCUCAUAUCAUACCCCACUCGUUGAUGGAUCUCAAAGGACGCCCUGAAUUGGACAUGUCUAAACAAACUGCAAUCAUGAUUCUGGAUAUGUUUGACUAUGGCAUCGCUCACAAAAUUGAGGGCUGCGAGAUUGACCGGCCAUUCAAUGCUCUUACCUUGACGCCUCUUCUCCAUCGAGCUUUUGGUGACUUUGAAAUCUUCUUCGAGCCUGCGACGGAGAUUCCCCACUCCUACAGAAUCAAUAGGAUCAAAUCAGGUCUCCUCCGGGUUCCCGGCGUCCCUGUUACUCGUACCCUCUUUCUAACGCCCGAACGAACGAUUGAUCCUCCUUCGGCUCAACUUCUUGCUAUACAUCGCGCCAUCGCGCAUAUACUUCAUCUGAGCGGCGCAGGAAUACAAAUAUCUGACAUCUUACAAGAACUCGAGGAUGCACGUGUACAGUCCGAUGGGUCCACCCAUUUGGAGCAUCUCGUAAAUCUACGUUUGCAAGGCUGGUGGAACGGCAUACAUGUGUAUUGA